GACGCAGCGAGAGCAGCAGUAUAGAACCAGUUCCACUUACAAUACAUGACCUAAUACACCAUCAGAGAGAGAAAGAGAGUGAAAGGGAGGGAAAGACAGAGCCAGAGAGAGAGAGAGAGAAAGAGCAGCAAGCAGCAGAACAGCACCUGCUACUCUAUCACCAACAGGGAAGAGUAGAACAAAGGCCUGCAGGAAGAACCGUGCUGACUGACGUCUCUAUCUGAGUCUGGAGCUGACUAACAGAUUCCUAUUCAUCUGAGUCUGGAGCCGUCUAGUAGCUUUAUGUACAUCUGAGUCUGGAGCUGACUAAUAUAUUAUCAUUCAUCUGAGCCCUGGGUGUUUCUGCUGAGCGCCGACAGGAGGACAUUGUAGAGAAGAGCUCCUGAAACGAUGCCAUGGUCCGAGGGCGGACCACAGCCAAGCAGCGGCCGAGAGAACACAUCCCUGAAGAGAUAAUUAAACUACUGACCCUGUAUCGGAAUACCACGGCCGUGCUGUUACCAUGGAGACUGGCAAGCAAGACUUGGUGAAUGUUCUGGCGCUUGGUAGCAGCUUAGUCUCAGAUACAUGCCAGAAAGACAACAAGAACAGCAGGACGCCCCAGGCUGCUUUAACCACCAUGUUCCUCCACACUAUGCCAGCCCUGCCGUCACAGACCCAGAUACAGCCCAAAGUCUCCAAGGACGCUAGCACAGCCCUUCAUCUGUCCAUGGGCUCUGUCCCUACCAUAGCCCCCAUCCUUCAGCUGGGCUCUAUGGAGACCCUGCCGUUCCUGACCCUUCACCUCCCAGCUGGGCUGCAGCUUCACCGGCCAGCCGCUCCAGAAAGACCUCCAGGGCUUGGUACUUCUGUGUCUGUUGUCCGACCCAGCAGGUCUACUGGGAAGCACCUGUGUCCUCACUGUGGCCGGGACUGCAUAAAGCCCAGCGUCCUGGAAAAACACUUGCGCUGUCACACCGGGGAGCGGCCGUACCCCUGCACCACCUGCGGCAUCUCAUUCAAGACCCAGAGUAACCUGUACAAGCACCGCCGCACCCAGGCCCACGCUCGCCUAAGCUCAGAGUCCGGAUCCGAACAAGGGUCGCUGGGAUCGCUGGGCAGCCAAGACAGCCUCCAGGGAUACCAAGAUCUUCAGCAUGGUUACUCAUCCUCAGGAUCCCUAGCUAGUCUUGGCAGUUUACAAAGCCAUUCCUCCACGGGCAGCGUGGAAAGUUUACAGGACCACAACCAGGACCUUCUUGGCAGCAAGGAUGUCCUCACCUCUAGCCACUCUCUGGAGGGCCCCAGCCAGGACCCAGGCAGCUGUCUCACUGCAACCACCACCACUUCACUCUGCACUGCUCAGAGGAAUGGGACAGGCCGAGACAGAGAAACAGUCUUGGCUCUUGGGUGCGACAGGGUUCUUAGCACAGAGCUGUAUGGGGGCAAGAGAGACCCUGGGGAAACAAAGGAUGAAGGAAGAGAGAAAAAGACAGAUAUGGAAAAGCCUGCAUUGACCCCGACCCGGCACCUCCCGCUCCAGAGACAGCCAGCCAUCUUCUCUCACUGGGAUGGUUCUCUUGCCGGGGUGCCGGCCCAGAAACAUGAACGUUUUCUGUCCAGAGGGAAGUCCCUGAGCCAUGAUAGUACUGACUCAGGCUUCAGUGAAACAUCCAGCCCUGGAUCGGGACCACAUCACAACCGGAGCCCUGAGCCUGGAUCACAACACAACCAGAGCCCUGGGUCUGGAUCACAACACAUCCAGAGCCCUGGCUCUGGACCCCACAACGAUAGCCCUGGGUCAGGAUCACAUCACAACCACAGCCCUGGGCCUGGACCCCACAACUCUAGCACUGGGUCUGGACCCCAUAACAAUAGCCCUGGCUUUGGAUCCAACAACCCUAGCACUGGGUCUGGACCCCAUAACCAUAGCAUGAUGUCAGUUUCAGAGUCUAAUAUUGAGCUAAAGGACCAACUGGAGAACUUCCAAACGUUGCCUGAUCAAACUAACGCUACACACACAGAGGCACUCACACAGCCCUCAGAUACAACCACACAGAUAAACCCCAAACAUACCGUGACACGCAUCAACAUCUCACACAAACAUAAACACCCAGGCAUGGAGGCCAGGAGCACAGUACCAGUCCAGGCCCAGAAAAGUCUGGAAGAAAGAAUUUCCAAGUUGAUCUCCGAGAACAACGCGGUAGUAGAGGAUAAACGUCUGGACACAGUCAGACCCAGGAGGACCAUCCUGUCCAAACAAGGUAGCAUCGACCUGCCUCUGCCCUACACCUAUAAAGACUCCUUCCACUUUGAUAUGAAGACCAGCAACAGGCCUCCCCAGGCCUGGCAGAGGGCUGAGAUGGGAGGGCAGGGAGGAUUAAAUAUUUCAGUCCCCACCCAGACCUCCAUCGGCCUUCAGAACCAUGCCUCUCUGACCCGUAGCAGCUCCCUUCCCCACAGUGUGGGAUGUCAGCGUACAGACAGAACCGGCUCCGCCUCUCGGCACCAAAGCGACAGGACUCACCUGGGCCGUAAGAGCAGCACUGGACUGUUGUAUCCACUAGGUUUCACAACCAAGUCUGUGGACCAUCAUGCAUCAGGACACCACCCCCUGGUCCGUCAGGGAGCAGUGGACGGUCUCCCGGCGGAGGGACUGACGACGUCAUCAGGAGAAAAUGUUCAUGUUGAUUCAACAACAGGCCCGUGUGGAGAGCCAACCAAAAAGAGCCACAGGAAAAAGUCCCAGAAGUUUGCUUAUAACAAGUGGCACAUGUAUGGAGGUGGAGGAGGGACCUUUACAAAGCUCUACAGCCCAGAGAAGACAGCUGAUCCUGGGCUGUUGAAGGCUAAGAGGUCCCUAGUUGGUCGGGAACAGGAAGGAACCCUGGGGGUUCAGAGGAGCGGCUCAGAAGUCAACAGGUCAACAGGAAGUAGUGUGACAUCCCUGGUAACUUCUGAAAUACAAAGUAGAGCGACGUCACUGGGCUCUACAGCCGGAAGUACUACAACCGUAUUCCAUCCAUCCUGUCUCCUAGCCAACAUUCCACCUCUCAAUCAUGUCCACUCACAUUACAUCCCCAGUCACCUUCACAGCACAAACACCAGCACACACACCUCAUCUCUCAAACACAUCAUCUCACAUAUGUCAGUCAAGCAUCCCCUCUCACAAACCUCCUCUUUUACGCACUCAUCCUCUAUCAAGCACCCCCUUGUGAGAACCCAAUCAGUCUCAACAGACAUCUUUUGUAUGGCAAGAACAGGCAACUCUUACCAGACUGAUUUUGUAUCUGAGACGGUGACCCACCAGGAGAAUUACUCUUAUGCAUCCCAAUGCAGCCGUGUUCCCUCAGAGAGGAAAAAGCAGAAAAUUGAGGCAAAUGUCUGUCUACUGGGAGAAGGAAGUGAAAACAACAGCAGUCACCUGAAUCAAGUGCCAGGCCUGAUUCCAGCCCCAGGCCAGAACCAAAGCCCAGUCCUGAUCCCAGCCCCAGGCCAGAACCAAACCCCAGUCCUGAUCCCAGCCCCAGGCCAGAACCAAAGCCCAGUCCUGAUCCCAGCCCCAGGCCAGAACCAAACCCCAGUCCUGAUCCCAGCCCCAGGCCAGAACCAAACCCCAGUCCUGAUCCCACCCCUAGGCCAGAACCAAAGCCCAGUCCUGUUCCCACCCCUAGGCCAGAACCAAAGCCCAGUCCUGAUUCCAGCCCCAGGCCAGAACCAAAGCCCAGUCCUGAUCCAAGCCCCAGUCCUGAACCAAGCCCCAAUCCUGAUCCAUACCCCAGUCCAGAACCAAACCCCAGUGCAGAACAAAGCCCCUGUCCAGAACCAAGCCUCAGUCCAGAACCAAGUCCCAGUCUUAUCCUCAAUCAGUCAUGGGAUAGCUAACCCCCACUUUUCCUCCGGCAACACCUUCUCCCCCUGCACCUCCUUUGUUUCAUCUGAUACCUGUUUCCUCCCUAAGUAUCAGCUGAGGUUUCCGACAGUUGAGAUAGACUCCGCAGCCCUAAACCCAACACAACCUAAAUCGAUAAGCCAUAAUACUGCAGACCUAACCCCAAAACAACCUGGAACUAUAAGCCAUAAUACUACAGACCUAACCCCAAAACAACCUAGAAAAAUAAGCCAUUAUACUGCAGACCUAACCCCAAAACAACCUGGAACUAUAAGCCAUAAUACUACAGACCUAACACCAACACAACCUAAAACUACAAGCCAUAAUACUGCAGACCUAACCCUAAAACAACAUAGAACUAGAAGCUAUAAUACUGCAGGUUUCACAUUUAUCCAGAGUUACCCUGAUCCCCCCAUUAAAUCUUCAGGUCCUCUCAUCUCUUCAGGACCUCUCACCUAUUCAGGACCCCUCACAUCUUCAGGACCUCUCAUAUCUUCAGGACCUCUCACAUCUCCAGUACCUGUCAUAUCUUCAGGACCUCUCACAUCUUCUGGGCCUGUCAAAUCUUCAGGACCUAUCAACUCUUCAGGACCUGUCACAUCUUCAGGACACGUCACAUCUUCAGGACCUCUCACAUCUUCAGGACCUCUCACAUAUUCAGGACCUAUCAAAUCUUCAGGACCUGUCACAUCUUCAGGACCCCUCACAUCUUCAGGACCUGUCAUAUCUUCAGGACCUCUCACAUCUCCAGUACCUCUCUCAUCUUUAGGAUCUCUCACAACUUUAGGACCUACCUGUCACAUCUUCAGGACCUCCAACAUCUUCAGAACCUGUAAUAUUUUCAGAACAUGUCAUACCUUCAGGACCUCUCACAUCUUCAGGACCCAUGACCUCUUCAGGACCUCUCACAUCUUCAGAACCUGUCACAUCUUCAGGACACGUCACAUCUUCAGGACCUCUCACAUCUUCAGGACCUCUCACAUAUUCAGGACCUAUCAAAUCUUCAGGACCUGUCACAUCUUCAGGACCCCUCACAUCUUCAGGACCUGUCAUAUCUUCAGGACCUCUCACAUCUCCAGUACCUCUCUCAUCUUUAGGACCUCUCACAACUUUAGGACCUGUCACAUCUUCAGGACCUCUCACAUCUUCAAGACCUGUCACAUCUUCAGGACCUCCAACAUCUUCAGAACCUGUAAUAUUUUCAGAACAUGUCAUACCUUCAGGACCUCUCACAUCUUCAGGACCCAUGACCUCUUCAGGACCUCUCACAUCUUCAGAACCUGUCACAUCUUCAGGACACGUCACAUCUUCAGGACCUCUCACAUCUUCAGGACCUCUCACAUAUUCAGGACCUAUCAAAUCUUCAGGACCUGUCACAUCUUCAGGACCCCUCACAUCUUCAGGACCUGUCAUAUCUUCAGGACCUCUCACAUCUCCAGUACCUCUCUCAUCUUUAGGACCUCUCACAACUUUAGGACCUGUCACAUCUUCAGGACCUCUCACAUCUUCAAGACCUGUCACAUCUUCAGGACCUCCAACAUCUUCAGAACCUGUAAUAUUUUCAGAACAUGUCAUACCUUCAGGACCUCUCACAUCUUCAGGACCCAUGACCUCUUCAGGACCUCUCACAUCUUCAGAACCUGUCACAUCUUCAGGACACGUCACAUCUUCAGGACCUCUCACAUCUUCAGGACCUCUCACAUAUUCAGGACCUAUCAAAUCUUCAGGACCUGUCACAUCUUCAGGACCUCUCAUAUCUUCAGGAACCAUCACUUCUUCAGGACCUCUCACCUCUUCAGGAGAGAGUCAGCAUUCUGA